AUGACCGCAGUCAAGUCGGCUAACAAGGAGCAGGCUCGUGCAUCUGUGCUCCAAGUAUACAAAGAAUUGCAGCGCCUGACGCCCAACUUUUGGUGGGAUUUCGAGAUGACUGACAUGCCGUUGCCUGUCUUCCGCGCGGUGCUCAAGCAGCAGUUUGUCAAGAAUGCCCAUAUCCAAGAUGUCCGCAUCGUCGAUCGGCUUGUAGGCGAGGCCCAUCAGCACAUCUACUCCAUUCGAUACGCCUUCUACAACCCUGACCACGUGCGCAACUACCUAUUCCGCGAAAACGUCGAGCCCAAGCCGAAAGACUUCCUUAGCAAAUUCCUCAUUGGAAAGGAU